AUAUUCGUAGGCACAUGGGAGCUGUGUCUGUGAAAUAUAGGACGUGUAAAAAAUAACAAAAAACAACGUCAUCGCAUGUUUGACUGAAAUCCAGCAGAAUUCGGUCAGACCGAACUCCACGUCAAAGCGGUUAACUUCAACCCCUCUUCAGUGGUGUCAUGGCAGAGAAGUUGGGUUUCAAAUUGCAAAGCGGAAAUGUGAUGCCAGCGGUUGGUUUAGGAACAUAUGCACCGAAGCAGGGAGAAGAUGAGGUGAUUACUGCUGUUAAAAUCGGUGUGCGUGCUGGGUACCGCCACCUUGACUGUGCUGCCAUCUACAGGAAUGAGCGUGCAGUGGGUCAUGCUAUCAAGGAGUUGAUUAUAGAGGACACAAUAAAGAGGGAGGACUUGUUUGUCACCAGCAAGUUAUGGAAUACCUGUCACCGACCUGACCUUGUGCGUUCUAGUUUAAAGAAGAGUUUGUAUGACCUUGGUCUGACCUACCUGGACCUUUACCUCAUUCACUGGCCAAUGGGUCUACAGGAAGGUGGUGAAUUUAUACCAAAGGAUGAAGAUGGUACAGUGUUAUUCUCAGAUGUCGACUUUGUGGAGACAUGGAAGGCUUUGGAAGAUUGUGUAGAUGAGGGCCUUGUCAAAGACAUUGGUUUAUCAAACUUCAACAGUCAGCAGAUAUCACAGAUAUUGGACAUUGCCCACAUACCACCCAGUAACAAUCAGAUUGAAAUCCAUCUUCACCUAGCUAAUUCCAAACUCAUCCAGUUCUGUCAGGAAAAGGGUAUUUCUGUGACCGCCUACUCACCUCUUGGAAGUCCAGGCAAUAAAACUGUUCACUUCACUCAGUCACUCCAAGAACCAGUAGUACUGGAUAUAGCACAGAAGAAAGGCAAAACUCCAGCACAGAUCAUACUUCGUUUCCUGCUUCAGAAGAAAACAUGUGUAAUUCCUAAAAGUGUUUCACCUUCCCGGGUUAUUGAGAACUUUCAGAUAUUUGACUUUGAAUUAGGUUCUGAUGAAGUGAACAAGCUAGAAUCCCUCAAUAAGAACUACAGAUUAAAUCUAGAGACCCAUUCCAUGAAACACAAGUUUUACCCCUUCAAUAUUGAGUAUUAGUAAGAAAACGUGGCUGGAGAUAUAUUAAUCAAAAUCAGCUGUGUACCAAGUACUAUUAUUUCAUUUACUAUGGUAUGCUGUCGACCUGGAGGAGCUGGGGAUUCGAUGAUCAUGUACAAUAUAGCUGGGUGUGCUACAGAAAUAUCUGAUGGAACCUGAUACACAUAGAUGUUUUUUGUUGUAUUGCUGGGAAUGCUGCAGAACUAUCCGACUGGAUUUAAAACACAAGCAUGUAUUAGUGUCGCAGGUUGUACAGUAAACCUAACUGAGCUGGGGAUUUAAUGCACAUAUAUUUCUGAGUGCACAGGCUAUCUGUGGGAGGGAUCUGAUGCACAUGCAACAAUGGGUGUACAGUGAGCUUUCUGAGGAGAUUAUAUGUUUUGUCUUGGAUAUGAAGCAAAGAUAAAACUGAAGCUGUCGGAGGAUGUGCAGAUAAAGCUGGAGCUGUCUGAGGAUGCACAGAUAAAGCUGGAGCUGUCACAGGAUGCGCAGAUAAAGCUGGAGCUGUCUGAGGAUGCACAGAUAAAGCUGGAGAUGUCUGAGGAUGCACAGAUAAAGCUGGAGAUGUCUGAGGAUGCACAGAUAAAGCUGGAGCUGUCUAAUGUGAGAAGAAUGAAUAUGGUAUAUUAGGAACAUUUAUUUUUCGGAAGGGACUUGAUACACAUAUCAUAUUUAGUAUACUGCCAAGAUAUCCAAGAUAGUCUAAUUGAAUAUGUAUUUUCAGUUGUGGCAUGGUGUUAUUUUAGAGGAAUUUAUGUACUACAAAGUGUACCGGCCGGGUGUUGUAAUUGCCAAGUGCACAGACACACAAUGGUUUAUGGUGCUAACACUAUCUCUGUAAUAAUUUUUGCUCUUGUGUAUUAAUCUAAAAUUCAAAGUUCAUGUAUGCCUGGUUUAUAAAGUGAGUUGAAGAGUCAUAAGAAUAUAUAUUAUGUAUGUAGAGAAGUUGUGAGUCAGUUUAAAGUCUGGAAUUCAAGCAAAUGCCAUAUUGUGAACUAGAAGUGCUGUAGAUUCAGUCUAUGUUGAAUUUCUGUUGAUAAGUAAUGUACACUUGUACUAUAAAAUCAGUGUUUUACUGGGCGUUUUAUUUUUGUUGAUUUCAGAUGUACCUGAGAUCUGUUAAUUAAUAUGGCAAUAAAAUGUUUUGUUGUAUAAUUACUUGUGUAUAUGUUGAAAAAGCUUCAUGGUUUCAAAUUAACAUUAUUGUUGAUCAGCUGCUUUUAACACAAUGUAUAAAUAGGUAUUUACACUUAUAUGAGAGAGAGAGAAAGAGAGAGAGAGAGUGAUGUUUAUUGGAGAAAAUCUAAAUUGUAAAUCGCCAGUUUUUUCUGUACCAAACGAAUCCUUAAUUUAUAGUUACUCCUGAAAUAUGGAGAGAAAACAUAAAGAAUUUUGUGAUUCAUGACCAAACUGAUAAGAAACAUCUCAGGUUUACCUGUUUAGCAAUUGAAAAUGAUCUUUUUUAAUAUGAAAUUAUACAAUCUUUUUAUUAAAACAUGAUAACACUUUUUUAUGACAGUACAUUGUGGGUAGUUUGGAAGAUGAGCUGUGUCACUUGUGCUUCUUAUCAAAGGAUAUCACUCAGUCUCUAACUGUGAACCUAUUGGUAAUGCCACUUGAAGUUUUAGAAUGAGUAUAAUAUCGAUGGUACUUGUAUUUGCGGUAAAAUCUUGACUUUUGCUUCUUGUGAAUAAAUUUCAUGCAUUGGUUUUAGACAAUCAGUAUUUAGCAUAAAUAAACUUUUUGACUAGUGUAUGUUUUAAUUAGAUUGUACUGAUUUUUGUUGUAAUUCCUUGAACCCAAUGUCCUGAUAACAUACCUUCAGAUCUUUGUUGUAAUUCCUUGAACCCAAUGUCCUAAUAGGAAACUUUCAGAAUUUGUUGUAAUUCCUUGAACCCAAUGUCCUGAUAACAUACCUUCAGAUCUUUGUUGUAAUUCCUUGUACUCCAUGGUCCUGAUAACAUACUAUCAUAUCUUUGUUGUAAUUCCUUGUACCCCAUAGUCCUGAAAACAUACUAUCAUAACUUUGUUGUAAUUCCUUGUACCCCAUAGUCCUGAUAACAUACUAUCGUAACUUUGUUGUAAUUCCUUGUACCCCAUAGUCCUGAUAACAUACUAUCAUAACUUUGUUGUAAUUCCUUGUACCAAUUGACCUAAUAUGAUGCCUUCAGCUUUUACAUCUGGCAUGUGUGUUCCAUAACACCUUUCCAACGGUACCAAGAUUUUUGAACUUGUGACCUUGACUGUGAGCUUUGACCUACAUUGAAAUUUAAAAAAGUCAUUACCACAAUAAAGACAUUGUUAUUCUUAGUACCCUUUGUCCUGAUAGUAGAUCAGUCAAUCUUUUUGGUAUUAACCAGAACCCUUGAUUAAUCCAGGUGAAAGGUUAUACUGAUUCUAUAUUUAACUUCUGUAUUGCCCCUAGGUUGGUUAGAUUUGUACUGUCGGUCGAUUUUAUCUCUUUGUUCCAUGAGCCACGAAAAGAUCGAAGUACAUACAUUAUAUAUGUUGUUUUUACUUAUGUAUUGUAUCUUUGCCUUUGACAUAUUAGUACUGGUCUAGACAUAGUUCAAAGAUACGGGCCCCACGACCUCAACAUCAGUACUGUAUUGUAAGUUGGAAAAAGAACAUCCUUUGACAAGUAUCCAAACAAGAACACAUCAAUACUUGUAAUUUGCUGUGUAAUUUAAGUUAUGUAGAUUGCAUUUCGUCAACUUGAAGGUUCACCAUAAGAUGUUACUGGUUAGAAAGCAACACAAGAAAGGUUCUAAGUAUGCUUAUUCUCACAAACUCUUUCACAAUUUUGUGUACAUAUCUACAACAAGAAAAAUAUAUAUAGUAUGAUAUGUCAUAUGUCAACUAUCUUGGUGAAGGACUUUUUCGAAUGCAGUGUUCAAUUACUCCUCAAUGGUGGUCUACCUGUAUAUUGCAAGUUUCUCAAUUGCCCAUAGAUGUAACAUAUUGUUUCUAGAUAAAAUACAAGUUAUAGAUCUGAUUGAAACAUAACUUUCAACUUCAAUUCUGAUAAGAAUUUGUGUCAGGAGGAUAUACCACUAUGAUCUGCAGUCUUAUUGUGUAUGUGAUUGAAGAACAAAUUCUAUGAACUUUCCAUAGAUUUAAAGUGGGAGAUAAACCUGAUGUUAAUUAUUUGCACAGUUUCCUAUAAAUGCAAAUUCUGAAAAUACCUCAGUAAUAUGAUUAAUGUUUAACAAAUGGUGCAUGAUAAAAUUCUACUCUUCAUAGAUUGCAUUUUAUAUUUUGCCAUCAGAAAAUUUUGAUUUACAAAUGUAAUGGAAUGUGUAAUAUAAAAUGGUGAAAUUGGAAUUAGGGUUCGGUGAACCUAAUCCCUAUAUUAAACAUAGCAUAUUAUAACACAGUAUACCAAUAUUUUUUAUUGUAUAGCACUUUUUGGCCAUAAUGCUAUAUAUAUUAUGAACUGUGUUGUGAUGCUCUGUAAAUCUUUGAUAUAUUUCUUACUUAUCUAUAGAUGUAAUGUGUAUUUAUUUCGUGUCCUUGUAUUAUCAAAAAUGCCAAAAAAAUAACUCGGUAUUGCAUUUUGAAUGUAGAUACAUAUGAAAACACCAACUAAAGUUCAGAUGGUUGUUUUACUGGAUGUACGAGAAAGGACAAAGGAGAGUCUGUAAUUGUCAUGUAAAUACCAUAUUCUGAAAGAAAGCCUGGAACACCUUAAUGCAGCAUUUCAUUGUGAUUUUACAGAGGAAUAUUCCUGUUGAUUUGAGUAGACUUAUAUUUACAAUAAAGUUGUAAGUGCUGUUGUAUGCAGUCAAAUUCUAUUAUUUUGAAAAAUGCCCUAAUGUGUGAGUGAGCCUUUUUGUGGUGUGUUGACUGUUCAUUUGCUGUCUUCAACUCUCCUGUAAACUCUUUGCAUGGCGUCAGUGAUCAAAUGUGUUUCGUUUGUGUCAAGGUCACAUAGAGAUUUCUUGACUUACUUGGAUUGCCAAGGUUUCCUUUAUAGUCUUCCAUAAAACCUUUUUUUCUAUUUGAA